AGUGCGGCUGCUUCCGGGGCACGGCCAAGAUGGCGCUGGCGGGAGAUGACGCGUGUGGUGGCCGUUAACGGCCAGCUCCCCGGGAGGAGUGGCAAUUUACAAGGUGUCGGCGAUCCGGCUUCCAUUGACAAUGUUGGGAGAAAGUGAGUUCUUCAGUUCUCCACCAAGGAAAGCUGUGCGAUUUGGUGGAACAGUUACAGAAAUCUUAAAGAAAUAUAAACAGGGAGAUACUGUGGAUUAUGAUUUGCUGAUGACACAGCUGGAUGAUCCAGAAAUAAAGGAUGCUCAAAUAAUCAACUGGCUUCAGGAAUUUCGUGAUGCUGUAGCACAGUUAACAAAGGAAUUUGAACACGUUGUUAGCAAAAUACUGAAGCUGCCAUGGCUGUCCCGAAGCCCAAUGGUGGUAGAGGAAUACUUGGCCUUCUUAAGUAACCUCGUGUCAGCACAGACAGUAUAUCUGCGGUCUUGCCUUAGUAUGCUGGUCUCCAGUUUUGUCCCAGGGAGAAUUGUUAUCCAAGAAAAUGGUGUGGAUAUUUCAGACUCUGAAGAUGAGGAUGAAAAUCUUCCCAGAAAUUUUGAUAUUUGUCAUCGAGCUCUGCAGAUCAUAACAAAAUAUGUGCCUUCUACACCACAAUUUUUGAUGCCGAUACUGGUUGAAAAAUUUCCAUUUGCAAACAAAGCAGCCAGAAUCCUGGAAUGUUAUGUGCACAAUUUACUGAGGAUCACUGUAUAUUUCCCAGUGCUGCGCUUAAAGAUUUUGGAACUUGUAGUGGAAAAAUUCCUAAAACUGGACGUCAGUGCAUCUCGUAAUGACAUUGAGGAUGCAGAAGAAACUGUUGCUGAGACUAAGAAUGGAUUGUCUACAUGUGCAGAGGAAGGCCUCUUUGAUAUGGAUGAGGAUGAAGAGAAGCAGAAAAUUCGUUUGUCACCACCAAAUGACGAGAUGGCUCAUCCAGUGGCUGAAAGAUUGGACAUUCUGAUGUCUGUUUUGCUGGCUUAUAUAAAGGACAUCUGUUAUGAUAAUGGCGAAUUGGUGUUGACCAGGACAAAAGAAUUGUACCGAGACUUAAUAGUAGUAUUUGAUAAACUGGUCCUACCCACUCAUGCUUCAUGUCAUGUCCAGUAUUUCAUGUUCUAUAUCUGCAGCUUCAAGUUGGGAUUGGCAGAAGCUUUCCUUGAACACCUUUGGAAGAUGAUGCAGAAUCCAAAUAAUCCUGCAGUAAUAAGACAAGCAGCUGCAGGCUACAUUGGAAGUUUUCUGGCAAGAGCAACAUAUAUUCCUGUGGUCACUGUGAAAACGUGUUUGGAUCUGCUGGUCCCCUGGAUACACAACUACAUUGACAGCCAAGAUGCUGGAAUGAAAGCUUACUGUGAUGUAGCUCUGCAUGGGUCAUUCUACUCUGCCUGCCAAGCUGUACUUUACAUCUUCAUAUUUCGUUAUAAACAAAUACUGGAUGGAAAUCUGAAAAAAGGUUUAACAUAUUUACAGAAUCUAAAUUUUGAACGUAUAGUGAUGUGCCAGCUGAAUCCUCUAAAGGUCUGUUUACCUUCUGUUGUCAACUUGUUUGCAGCUAUUACUAGGAAAUAUCAAUUAGCUUUUUGCUACACAGUUAUUGAACAAAACAACCGUCAACUUAUACCUGUUGUUAAAAGCAGCACUGGAGGCCACUUGAUCCAGAUUUGCACAAAUCCUCUUGAUAGCUUCUUUCCCUUUGAUCCUUAUAUCCUUAAAAGGUCUAAGAAAAUAUUCGAUGGUAUUUACCGAGUUUGGGAAGAUUUGAGCCUUCAAGAUAUUCAGGUUCCACAGAAAAUAACAAAACUGGAAACAGCUGAAGAUGAGGAGGAUGAUGAUUUCUUAAAAGGCGAAUCAUUGCCAAAUGAGACUAUUGGGAUUACGCCGAAUUCUUUUGAGUCCCACAUGCACAGCCCGAGCAGUGUUGGAUCUCCACUUGCUGUGUUUCCACUGCAUCAUUUUUGAACUUAAUUGUAAAUUUGAUAAAGAUGUAAAAUUUUAGAUGCGAUUGCAAUCAGAGUUGCUUUUGAUUCAUAAGCAUAAGCAACAUAUUAUGUUCAGAUGGAGAUGAAAUGCGACAUCAGCGAUUAAUCAGGAGUGUUGUAUGUUGACAUUUGCUUUUGUCUGGACCACUAUUUUUCCUUAACUUGUUGAGUUCCUUUGUCUUAUUGAUUCAGUUGUGUAAAUAUUUUUGUAUAUUUGUGCAUACAGUAAUUUGUAAAUCUUCAACAGUUACUAUACUGUUAAAUAAUUGCUGUCAGUUUUGAAAUAUCUUUGCAUUAGUCCCAUAUUUGUUUGGUUCCUCUUGCUAGAUGAAAUUUAUUUUCUUCUGGAAAAAAAACCUAAUUACCCGUUCAUGAUAAAACAUACAAAACGUGGUAAUGAUGUACAGAUCAUGAUGCUGAAAUUGUAAUUCCAAGUAUCUUUAUAGUAUCUGAAUUAAAAUAAUGUUUCAAA